AUGAGCCAGAGAAUCAAGAGGCCAAGUUCACCGGAUCCUGAAGCAAAAGACGAGGAUGAGCGCAUGUAUGGAGAAGAAUCCUCUGCGGGGGACGUAGAUGCAGCCUUUCCCGAUCGUCCCCACAAUGUUCAUAAAACGCUUCUGUUCUCGGAGCUUUUCAAGACUCUAUUUAACCCAUUACUUGAACUGAGAAAGAAUGCCACCGGUCCGGUGCCAGGUCGGCCCAAGACCCGCUCUGGCGGCCAUCUCUCCGUCCAAGAGCAGCGGCGGCAUAUCAUCGAGCGCUUCAUUACCAGGUGGCGCAAUGAAGUCGGCGACGACUUUUAUCCGGCCAUGCGUCUCAUCCUCCCAGACAAGGAUCGCGACAGGACCGUCUAUGGCCUGAAGGAGAGCAACAUUGGUAAACUUCUCGUCAAGCUGCUCAAGAUCGACCGCAACUCGGAGGACGGGUACAAUCUCCUCCACUGGAAGUUGCCAGGUCAAACCAUGGCUGCUAGAAUGGCUGGUGACUUUCCCGGGAGAUGCUACGACGUGAUAUCUAAGCGCCCGAUGAGAACGGAAGUGGGAGACUUGACUAUUGCUGAUGUGAACGAGCUGCUUGAUAAGUUGGCAGCCUCGUCCAGCGAAACAGAGAAUCUGGCCGUAUUCCAAAUCUUUUACCUUCGAAUGAAUCCCGAGGAAAUGCUCUGGCUCAUCCGCAUCAUCCUGAAGCAAAUGAAAAUCGGCGCCUCAGAGAACACAAUCUUCCACAACUGGCAUCCCGAUGCCGAAGCUCUUUUUAGCGUCUCCUCGAGCUUGCGUCAAGUCUGCUGGCAGCUGCGUGACCCGAACAUUCGCCUACACAAAGAGGAAACGGGGUUGAAGCUCGGUCAGCCCUUCCAGCCGCAGCUCGCCCAGUUCCAAAUGUCCACGACGUUUUCCAAGAUGGUGAGUCACCUUGGCGUGACGGAAGAUGACCCCGAAUACUGGAUUGAAGUGAAGCUCGACGGCGAGAGGAUGCAGCUGCAUAUGAUGGAUGACCCGGAUAAACCGGGAGGUAAAUCUUUCUUCUUUUGCUCUCGAAAGGCGAAGGGUUAUACCGAUCUUUAUGGGUCCGGUUACGACGAGCCUUCCGCCCUUACUCGCUUCUUAAAGGGAGCUUUUUCGCCCAAGGUCCGAAACUUGAUCCUCGACGGAGAAAUGGUUGCGUGGAAUAUGAAGGAAGACAAGCCGGACGCUUUUGGCAGUCUCAAGACUGCGGCGAACAAGGAAAAGAACGGCAACGUCGAAGAUGAUGCGAAAAAGGACCUGCGCCCUGUAUUCUUCGUCUUCGAUAUCCUUUACUUAAAUGAUACGCAGCUCGGACAAUACACUCUUCGGGACCGCUUCCGCGCCCUGCAGAGCGCGGUACUCGGAAUGACUCGCCGUCUAGAAAUCCAUCCACACGUCGUAGCUACCUCUCCUGAUACGAUCGAGACGGAGCUACGUAAUGUCAUUGCAGAAGGCGGCGAAGGCCUCGUCCUCAAGAACCCAAGAUCCAUGUACCGGCUCAAUAGCCGUAACGAUGACUGGCAAAAGGUCAAACCCGAUUACAUGGACGAAUUCGGCGAGUCGCUAGACUGUGUCAUUAUCGGGGGUUAUUACGGCUCAGGCAGCCGCGGCGGUGGUCUAUCCAGUUUCCUCUGCGGCCUCCGCGUCGGCGAAAACGAAAUCGCGACGGGCGCCAACCCGGAGAAGUGCAAGAGCUUCUUCAAAGUCGGUGGCGGUUUCAAGGUGGAGGAUUAUGCAGAGAUCCGCCAUCACACGGAGGGCAAGUGGACCAAGUGGGAUGCCAAUAAACCGCCGAUAGAGUACAUCACCUUGGCUGGCGGCGAAAAGGUUGAGAAGCCCGAUGUGUGGAUUCGGCCCAAGGACUCCAUCGUCAUCUCGGUGAAGGGGGCGAGCGUUACGGAGUCGAAGUCUUUUGCUGUUGGGCAGACGCUGAGGUUCCCGCGGUUCCGGCGGCUGAGAUUGGAUAGGACGUGGGACUCGGCGCUAAAUGAGGAUGAGUUUCAAGUUCUGCGAGAGAGGGUGAAAGCAGAGCAGGAGAGUAAAGACAUGAAAGUUGAGAGCCGCAAGCGCCGUCCGACAAAGAGGGCCAAGCGGGAGCUCGUGAUCGCCGGGACGGAUUCCGCGCCUGUCAGAUUUUCCGGUCCGAGGACGAAGGUCUUUGAAGGAUUGGAAUUCUGCGUGCUGAGCGACGCUGUAAAGCCAACGAAGAAGACGAAGGCGCAACUAGAAGCUAUCAUCAAAGAAAACGGCGGAACAAUCAUGCAGCGCCCGACGCCCGAGACGGGUAUGAUAAUAGUAGCAGAUAAGAAGCUCGUCGGCGUGGCCAGCCUCAUGAAAAAGGGAAGCGUCAACAUCAUUCGGCCAAAAUGGGUAUUGGACUGCGUUGCGCAGCCGAAUGGGGGCUAUUUACUUCCCUAUGAGACACACGGCCAUCUCUUCCACGCUACGGACGAGCUUAAACACGCUUCUGAUAGGAAUACGGACCAGUUCGGGGACAGCUACGCGCGAGAUGUCAACGUCGACGAGCUCGCGGAAAUUCUGAAAGAUAUGCCGAAGCUAGAGGGUCUUCACAACCCCUUCGACAAGGACCUCUUUCUACGCCAGCUCGAAGAGCACGGACACGGUCUCGAGGAGUUGAGGGGCCAAAUGUUUGGCAGGUGCGUGGUCUACUUCCACGAUCCCGACGCCGCUGAGGGCAAGUCGACCUUGGCCAGUUUCAGGCUUGGGAAUUAUGUACGAUUUGGAGGUGGGAAGAUUGUAGGAUACUUGGGAGAUCCGGAGUUGACGCAUAUUGUUACCGUGGGAAGGGGUGAGAAGGAAGGGGUCGGCGAUGUGCGCAAGGAGAUUGCCUCGAGGUCGAAGAUUCCUAGGAUAGUUACGAGUAAGUGGGUUGAGGAGAGUUGGAAGGAGGGCACGCUGCUUGACGAGGAGGAGUACCCUGUCGUGUAA